AUGUACAUCUGCAAAAAGCAGAAAGAACGCCUAAAAUCUGAAAACUGCAAACCCCUAGUUAAUGUUUCACGAGGCUUAGACGAACGAAUCGAUCAGAAUAAAUGUAUUGACCCCUUAGCUGAUAAAUGGCUUCGGAAAAUGGCUCAUCUUGUUGAUUGCUAUUUAAACAGUAAAAACAGUUCUCCUGCUGUCAGGGAGAAAGCAAUUUGUCUACUGCACAGCACAUAUACUAAUUACCAUUACUUGUACGAAAAAGAUGUUGUACUUGACUUGGUUAUACCAGUUCUCGGUAACGCUGUUUAUGAGGAGGACAUUAAAAUACAGUAUCAAAUGCUGAACGUCUUAUUCGACGUCGCAAAGACAACCCCAUUGCGAGUAAAGGGCGAUCAAGACUGCUUUACCAUGAUAAUGGACGUUUUGAAAACAUUUCUUUCUGCAGACACUUUUAAAUUGGCCCGUAACGAUAAUAUCGAAGUUGUUGUCAGCGGCAUUGCAGAAAUCAUGCACGAACGUUUUGUUUCAUUUUCAUUACCUCAACUUCAAAUGCUUGUGGAGAUGCAGUGUGAACAUCUGCAUUUGUAUUAUGCGGCUGAGUCAACUACAGAAGUUGGAUCCGAGAUUAGAGACCGAAUGUUUUCCGCACUUCUUUCUUUGCUUUAUGCUCCUGUUUAUGAUCGUCUUGUCAAAAAAGGUGAAACGACAUUGACAAAUCCGCGUAUAUGCUGUCAAGGUAAAAAUCGUGAAGAUCGCUUUUCGUGGCAGCCGAUUUGUGAAGUUACUGUCCUGGCUUUGCAGAGAGAACGAUGGUAUCUCUUACCUUUUCUAUUAUGUAUGAUGGGUACUUUGAUGGUGUUGAAAACCGUAUUACGUCAUCUCAGUGAAGUCCUUGAAGUACGAGAUUUCGUUUUUACUGCUGGCGAUAAAUUGGUCAAGAAUCUGAAUGAUGCGUUACUAAAAUUAUUCGUUAGAAGAUCGGAUCUUUUAUUUGAGAGCGAAUCGAGUCCAGGGAAGGCAGAAGAACUUGGUUUAGCAGAAAAGCGAAAUGACAAUGAUUUGGUGAAGUUUUACUGUCCAGUAAUCACGAAGUUGAUCAACUACUUUCGCGACGAAAGAAUAUGUCAUGUUCUAGUGGACAGCAUUAAUGUGUCUUCUGGUCAUUCUGGUUGUAAACAGGCUAUUUUGGGUUGUGAUGUCGCGGUGCAACUUAUGCCAAAAAACAUGGCACAGUUGGUCAAGCGGCUAAUGGUAAAUCUAACCAGUCUGAAACCUAAUCCGAUCCUGGCCAUUCCGGUUAUUGAAUUUCUAACAGACGCUUGCAGUGUUGACGAGUUUCAUCGUUUCUUUCAACGGAACGACUUCGUAUUAAUUGUGGAUAUUCUAAUACCGUACACAAAUGUUCAUAGAUUUAAUACCUACAUAAUUGCUGCUGUUAUUCGUGUGUUAAUGCUGUGGUGUUCAAGAAUGCCGGAGGAUAUUCGUGAUGGAGUUUCGAAGUAUAUAACGGAGAAGGUUGAGUGCCAAGAAUUGUUUUCUGCGCAGACUGCUAGUAGCCUUUCUCGACAGACGAGUGAGGAUAGUUCAAGGGUCUUCACCAGCAAAAGCGGCAUGUUAGCACCAUCGCUAAGCUCUUUCUCUUCUGAGAUAUCUCCCGAUUCACCACCAGUAGCUCAUGGAGCACCUGCGACAACUUCAAACAGAUUUUUUUCAGGGACGGAACCAGGCGAGAGAGAAAAGAUAACUAAUUGCGAAUGGUUUCAAAAAGAAGAGUUAACGGUUGUUGCUGAAGAGGCAGGUGACCUACUCUUGGCAUUUUUAAAACAUGGGAGGAUUGAUGAUUUUGACGAAACACAAAAACUUGAAGUACAUGAAGGCCUGGUGGAGAAAAGUGUCCAGCAUUGGGUUGUCAAUGAUUCUAUAAUAUCGGUAACAAUGUUGGCAGAACCAGAAGUUACUCAGACUACUGGCUCUACUCCACUUUCAAGUAACGAUAUUGUACCGUCAAGACAAAAUUCUGAGGCUGCUCGCUUAGAUAAAAGGCGUCGUCAUCUUUCUGCUACUAACGCAUCCCAGAGCUUACAGCCAACGCUUAAGCCAGCGUCGUUGGACGACUCUUAUGCCAUGAAUCAGAUCACAGUAACCUUUUCCGCUAUUGCUAGCGUCACGUGGACUCACCUUGUCGUUCGUCAUAUGCUUGGCAAACAUUCUUGGCUGAUGCGAUCAUUUAGUGAAAUCCCUGACGAUUUUGAUGCAGGCAGGCAAACUAAGUGCCUGACUUCUGAUUUUCCAGAAUGCGAUCUCUUCGGAACUUGGAUCGAAUUUGCCCGUAUGAAAUGCAUACUAUUGGCGUCGUAUACCUUAGAGAUGGGCAGUAUGCUGGGAGAACCUCAAUCACUAGAAAAUAAUCCUGGCGGUCUUGUACCGGGACAAAACGCUACUCUGAUGCCGCAGAAGGAAGGUGACACUGCCUGCAAUGAGAAGAAAAAGUUUAUUGGAAAUGAUUAUAUAACGAUAGUGUUUAAUGAGAGUGGCAUUCCUUACAAAUUGGGGACGAUUGGUGGCAAAUUUGCUUACGCAGCAAUCGAGCCAGUAAUAACUUCAGUGCUAACUUUUUGUGCUGCAAUUGAUGGUGUUUAUGGAAACUUCGACAGUAACGUUGUGCCUCAAGAUGAGACGAAUGUUUUGAUAAAACUAAACGUUAGGCGUGAAGUAUCGUCUUGGUUGGCACUUAGUAGAGUAUUCUUGCCUUUAAAUCAAGCUGCCUCUGUAGUACGGAAAUUAGCCUUUAGAUCACAGCUGGCUGUAAAUAUAUGGCGAAGAGAGGAGUUUGAAAAAGGGACUCCUUAUUUGGGGUUCAAUGUUGAAAGGCUUCGUUAUAUUAGGAAAUUUGCGCAAUCUCAUACCAAAUAG